GGCUUCCGCCUCCCUGCCGCCGCUGUCGCUAUGGCCGCGCCGGCCCCCGGCCUUAUCUCAGUCUUCUCGAGCCCGCAGGAGCUGGGCGCGUCGCUAGCGGGCUUCUGCGACGAGCGCCUGGUGCCCUUCGAGCACGCCGAGAGCACGUACGGCCUCUACCGGACCCACCUGCUCUCCAGGCUGCCUAUCCCUGACAGCCAGGUUAUCACCAUUAACCCCGAGCUGCCCGUGGAGGAGGCGGCUGAGGAUUAUGCCAAAAAACUGAGACAGGCCUUUCAAGGGGAUUCCAUCCCAGUUUUUGACCUGUUGAUUCUGGGUGUGGGUCCUGAUGGCCACACCUGCUCACUCUUCCCAGACCACCCUCUCCUGCAGGAGCAAGAGAAGAUUGUGGCCCCCAUCAGUGACUCCCCAAAGCCCCCUCCUCAGCGCGUGACCCUCACACUUCCUGUGCUGAACGCAGCUCGAACUGUCAUCUUUGUAGCAACUGGAGAAGGAAAGGCAGCUAUUCUGAAGCGCAUCUUGGAGGACAAGGAGGAGAAACCACUCCCGGCUGCCCUGGUCCAGCCCAGCACAGGAAAACUUUGCUGGUUCCUGGAUGAGGCAGCGGCCCGACUCCUGACUGUGCCCUUCGAGAAACAUUCCACUUUGUAGCCGGCACCAGAGAUGUUACAGCUGGGACCACACACAGCUUAAGUGGGCUGUGACCUUCUGGGGCUGGGCCCCGCUGCCAACAUGCUCCGGGCUUCAUUUUACAAAAGCCGGGCGGUGCCACUGGAAGCCGAUGGGAUCUGCCACCAGCCCUGCCCCGGGGGCUUGGCCCGUGAGCAGUGGCUCUGGCCGACUCAGUUAUUAAAAGGAGUAUUUGUUUGAAAAAUUC